GUAAAUUAACCGAACCUUAAUAAUAAACUUACUCAUUGUUAAACUACAACACAAAUUCGAAUGAGCCUGUGUGAGACGUUUUAAGAAAAAACUUUAUAUUUGCUGGACUCGUCGUUUGCCAGCGUUGCUAAGCGCCUAAAGGUAUGCAAUCGAAUACUUUAAUAUUAUCAACAAUACCCCUUACUGUAUUUUAUAUCCAAUUUUUCAAUCGAUGUCUGUUCUGAACUCGAUACUUUUUUUAAGAUAUGAUCAUCUACAACAUUUUCUACUUCUUUUCAAUGUAUCAUUUCCGAGACAUUGUUAGAUUCAUUCAAGAGUUUCAUUUCAAACGAGCAUUACGCUAUUGAUCAUUAUUAUGCUCGAUCGAGCGCCAAUUGUAACUGUAGGAACUGCGGCUGCUGGCGCUGCCGAAAUGAAGUCAUUGAUGAUGCCCGAUGAGAACCUGCGACCGGCCGAACCGAGCCCUGGGCCGGGCGAGAACUAUAAAAGAACGCACAAUCUGCCGGAGAGCGAUCAGUAGCGAACAAGCGAACGCGUCUGUUAAUACAUUUUGGAGCAGUUUGUACGAAGGUCGUGUGAAAGCAUAAGAUGGCAAAGUUUCUGAUGUCUUCCCUGUUUCUGGUGAUCGCCAUCGUCGCGAUGGUUAGCGCACAAGGUGGACACGGUGGCCACGAUGAUGGACACGGACAUGGCGGAUUUGGUGGCCAGGGACACAAUGGCGGUGGCCAGCACGGAGGCUUUGGCGGUGGCCAGUACGGAGGAUUUGGAGGUGGCCAGCACGGAGGAUUUGGAGGUGGCCAGCACGGAGGCUUUGGCGGUGGCCAGCACGGAGGCUUUGGCGGUGGCCAGCACGGAGGCUUUGGCGGUGGCCAGCACGAAGGCUUUGGCGGUGGCCAUGGACAGGUGAACGUACACGGAGGUGGUGGCCAGCACGGAGGACACGGCCAGGGCUUCGGAGGACACGGGCAGGGCUUCGGAGGACACGGCCAGGUCGGUGGUCACGGACACGGCCAUCAGCAUGGUCAUGGUGGAUACAAGUCUCACGGCUACUGAAUGAGUAAAGUUUAGGUUUGGUGUGUUUUCUAAGGGAUAAAAUAAAUUGUGAUUUGAGUGUACAUAUGA